AUGGAGUUCGUCGACGACCUUUACACGGAAGAAGAACACAGGAAAAUGGAUCAGCGUGUCUUCGAAAAAACGAAGCGUAAUAUAUCUCCGGAGGUCUUGUCUGGGCGUAUUCCGCCAGAUAGCCGUGAUGCCGAGAUUCUCCUUACGAGGAUUGUCCUCGGCUGCCCAAAUACCAUGCGCCAUGACGAUUGUGAUGAAGUCUCCAGGCGAAGCGACGUUCGAGCUGUAUUGCAUAGCUCACUUAUAGAAGGUGGCUUUUCCAAGAUACGUUGUUUGAAGGUUCUGCGUACCCAGGAGCACAUUCCCCGUGAUCCUAUGUCACCGUCUGAUAUGGUACUUCAUCGGUCCUUCCACACUACCUCGGCGGAGCCGUAG